AAGUCUGAUCAUUCCCUUUCACUCGGUCUUCGCUUCGUCGUAGCUCCCAACUUUAGCUGUUACCGUGUUCCACAAAUUUAGUCUGUCCGGCCGGAUCCCAGUAUUGAAACUUACAUGCUUUUAUUGGUAUUUCACUUGACUCCAUCGCCUCGUGGUGUCAGACUUUUUCUAUUCAUUGGUGUGCCUUUGUUGUUGUUGUCGUCGUCGCUCUACGGAUCUGUGGGGUGCAAGGCUUGCCGCAGUUUCGAUGAAGGCCCGACUGGUACUACUUGUACUGGUGCCCCACUUCCGUUCCCGUUUCCUUUCAUGCUCCCCGUCGCGGCUCUCGGGGCACGCUUGUCUUGUCCAGACUUCAACCAAGAUCGGUUAGUGUAAGCUUGUCAAGCGCCACUCAUCCCACAGCUCAAGCACUUAUCUUCGUACAGUUGCAGAGCACACCUUGCUCAUAGCGGUAGAUGUCGUUGGCUAUAAGCGGCAGCAUUCCUAGACUCGUGCACAUUUAAAGAAGGCCAGACGGUUGCUUAGAGAUUCCGGAUCACAAUCACCGCGCUCUUUGGGGGGUCUACUUAAAAUCAAGUACCGAGUACUUGUGCCCGGUUGGUGACCUUGGCUGUAUCGGUUUCCGCGACCCGCACGAUAGUUAAGAUGCACCUGCGAUGGCGGCGAUGUCUUGAACAAGUUAAGCAACGGCGGGGUAGGCAAUGCACUGAUACUCUCCGACCUAGAGUGUUGGAUUUGGUCACAUCGGAUGCCUUACAUUUGUGAAAACUACCCGAUUCAAGCAGAUGAUGCGUUGAGUUCAUUGUAAUGCGUACAGUUUUUAGAGUGGUCAUCUUCUCGUGUGCGCGUAGAAGGUGACAUGGGUGAGAGCAGAUAAUUUACGAGUUUACACUUAUGAGGAGGAAUUAGGAAUCGCUCAUAGCGCGAAAUGCAUGCAUUUGUCCAUUUCUCGUGAGCACACUGGAUAUCUGAACUUUUCGAAGUGAGGUUGGGAGGUUUUCUGAACAACACAACUGCCUGCGCGUUUAUUGUGGGAUAUAGUGCUCGCUUGAAUUGAAACCUCCGCCGUGUGAACUAUCGUUUAUGUAUAUAGACAGGAUUCGGCUUCUAUGCAAUACUGGAAGGGCCAUAUUGUGAUUAAUUCAUCACACACAGAAUCCCAAAUUGCUUACGUUACAAGUCGCUUUGAUCAAUCGCCAUGGGUAGUAACUGGACCCUGGUAUGCUGGUGAAUAGCACGAGUUUGAAAAAAGAACUCGAACGCACCGGGUAUGCUCUCUCUCUUCUGUCAGCUGACAACGUUAGCGUUGUAGGUGUAUUAAAACUCUCAGCGGGAACCGUCAAUCCAUCACAAUGGUUUCAAUGGAAGAGAGAGGGAGCUCAUGGUCCCCUAUUGCAACUAAGUUCAUGGGCCGAAGUCACAGCUUCGCAGAGGAAGCCCAAAGGAAGCGAUCAUCUCCGCGGCAUGUCGCGCAAAGCUUAGGCCGGUGGCCGCAGAAUUGGGUGCAAGACAGGGACACAAUCCGCCGGUCUAGUUCUGUAGGAUUUUCGCCGACGGACACUAUGACAACAGACGGUGAACGAACCUCAAACUCGGGGUCUGAUACCUUAGCUGGCAACUGCAUCCCCUUUCAAGUUUUAGUCAAUGCUUCUGGCGAAGAACGUGCGUGGUGUAUGCGGUCUGUGGAGAGCUCCUCGGGGCUCAAACUCUCGAGCGACGACGAUUUGGAGCACGGUAGUAUGGAGGAUGAGAUGAAAGAGUCCAACGAGGACAUGGAAAACUUUCUCGGCAAGGAUGGGGAGAGCGUGCAAUCCAAGCUGUGUCCCCGCGGACACUGGCGCCCCGCGGAAGAUGACAAGUUAAGGGAGCUCGUGUCGCAAUACGGCCCCCAAAACUGGAACCUCAUUGCAGAGAAGCUUCAUGGCCGAUCAGGGAAAAGCUGCCGACUCCGGUGGUUCAAUCAGCUGGACCCUCGCAUUAACCGGCGCCCGUUCACGGAGGAAGAGGAGGACCGACUUCUAUCAGCACACCGAUUCCAUGGCAACAAGUGGGCUAUGAUCGCGCGCCUCUUCCCGGGGCGCACGGACAACGCCGUUAAGAACCACUGGCACGUGGUCAUGGCGCGGAAGUUCCGUGAGCGGUCUCGACAAUUUGGUCGCCGCAAGCCGCAGGCGAAUCGCAGAGGCGAACUGCGCUCCUCCAACUCUGAUGUUAGCAACUAUCACUCCUCCGCGGACUUCCUCACAUCGUGGAUUGAAAAACACGCUGUAGCUGGGGAUCAAACCGUUGAAGCUUGCGACGGUUCAGGUGCACCGCCUGCCAAUCCCCGCGCUUCUCUUUCUAGAAGCCGCUCGCCAACUGCCCAUCCCAACACCUUCACGAAACCGCAAUUCCCUGGCGGCAAUUUGCAAGUUAGGGAUGUGGUUAACAAUGUAUCUGAUGCGUCCAGCAUCUUGCCAAGGUUUUCUGGCUUCGGAAGCGUGCCACUAGCUGCUCCCUCGUUGCUCCCAAGUUCAGGAGGCGUCAUUGCAGAUCCCAGGGCAGUCUACUUGUCAGGGCUGACCAAUUCCGAAAAGCAUCAACAAGCGCUUGUGAAUAAUCCUACGGACAGACAGGGCAGUACAGGGCAUCUAAAAGAGGAGCAUGCGGACAAAGGCUCCUUCCACCGCUUGCUCCCCACAGAGAGCUCCACUUCGGGGUUGAAGACGACACUGCAGGGAAGCCUCUAUGGUAGCCACUGGAAUAGACCCUCUCCCCCGAAUCCGUCCGGCUACAGCCAGACGAACGGCGACGAGGUUGUGGAGCUCCACGAGACUUACGCAGAUCACCCGCACCGCUCUGAGAUGGCUAGACCGCUUAGCCUGGGCCGAAGUGGCAACAAGUACGAAGCCAUCCAUUCUUUCCGUGUAGCUCCUGCUUUCUCCAGGCAGGACACAACCAAGGAGCUUGGCAACUGGAUACCCUUGCCUGUGCCUGGGCACGAGCAUCAGCACUUGCAGAAAAGGCUACGCAAGGACGGUGCGAAUCCCUCCAAGCUGGGGCUAACUUCAUGGGUACCUUGUGAGAAACCUGAGGACACGGUAGUCGCUGAAGCAGCCACACUGCACAGCAGUUCCGUGACUGUGCCAGUUCCAUUCAUUGAUUUCCUUGGUGUGGGAGCGUCCUGAAGGCUCCGAUGCUGGUUUUCGACGUCUGUACAGGGCUGAAACACUUCUUAGCUUGAGAAAAAGAGCAUGAAGAAUUCGGCCAGCUCAUUGUUACAAAGCAAUCCUCCGUCCAGGCAGUGUGUGAGUUUUCGUUUUUUUAAGUAAUGUAUCAUGAAGAAAUACUUGAUCGGUCAUGAAGAGUUGGUGAUGACGCGAUCAAGAGGAUCGGUAACAGCCGUGAGGGAUUCUAUUGAUUCCUUGCAGCGGAUUUUGAUUGGAGAUCCUCCUCCCCCACCAAGUUCCAUUUUUUUUGUCUGUUUAUUUUCCUGUCGGCAUUUUUGAAGAUUGGACACCACUGGACAUGACUCAUCCCCCAUCUCCAGGCUACUACGAUAAUUUUGCAAACGCGCUCAAGCUUCGAUUGAUCAGAUUCGAGGCGACCGACUUCUUUAUUGCAGUGUAUGCAUACUUCCAUUGAACCUUAAAAAUUGGAAAUGUUUAAUUUAUCAGCUCACGUACAUAGCUAGGAUUUGCAGGCUUGGUUGUCCAUUUCGACGCUAUGGUUCCAGUGGCGACCAUAUCUUCUUCAUCUUUUGCAGGCACACAAAUCUAGAAUAGCUUUUGUAAAGAUACGACUCCUUGUACAUUGGACGCUGCUAGCGUUUCAUGGAACUUGAGAUAUUCUGAUCGGAAAUUGUGACAAAGAGACAGAGAGAGAGAGAGAGAGAGAGAUUGAGAAAUCCUUAUUAUUCUUACUGCACUUCAAUGCGCCGAGGUUGACAAUAACAAUACAAGAGCGAUGGAUGGAGCUAGUUCUAGACCAUUUCUGAGGAUAUUCUCUAGUGGCCUCAGUAGACAAAUUGCAGAAUCAAAGCACUGCAACUAAAUUGUUGGGCCCUAUCUUUUUGAGUUUGUUGAGGCAAUAAAGGUGACACGUUUUCCUUGAAA